UUUAAAUAAAUCAAUGGAUGAGUUUCAUCAGGUGUUCAAUGAUGAAGAGAAAUCACCUUCCAUCAACGAAGAUCCAGGCCAAGGUCUUGAGUACUCUGACCUUAUGCGAAACAGCUGUUUUCCGUGGAAAAUGCAGAGGAACGAUAUUGACGAUUGAGUUAAUCUUGAGAUAAAUAUUGGCAAACACAAAGAAAGUGCCCAAAGUGAUGACUUUAGUAGAAGAGAGAAAAAAGAAAUAAAAGGAAAUAAAUUAUAAAAACAAUUCAUCGAUUUACUAAUAAUUUGGCAAGAAACCAACAAGUUAACAUCAUUCUUACCACCAAUAAUGCACCAAACACAGGGCUUGGAGGUGAAGAAGGGAAUCUAUCUGGUCAAGAGCAAAUUCCUGAUGGAAAUGAUAGCUGUUCUACAAAUGACUCAGUAUUUGACCAGGAAGGAGACCAAAGUCAGCAUAACAUAAAUAUUUCUGAUACAAUGAGUCCCUUUAAGAACCAAGAUAUGAGCGCUAAUUUUUCAAAGCCUCCGUUACCAAGAGAGGAAAGGAAACACCUAGCUGAUGACCUUGAUAUGCCUCCUGAAGAAUAUGAGCAAUACAAGCGCGACAUACUCAAAGAUUUAGAGAAAGAGAAACGGAAUAAUAAUUACCAAGAGAUGAACGAUAUGAUCCUUAAUGGCAUCGGAAAUAACUCCAAGAUCCCAGGACUGGACUUUUCCAGAGACUUAGAGCGAGAGGUACCCUGUAAAAAUAAUACCUCCCGAGAAGAAAACGAAGCUAUAGAUAUCAGCCAUGUCUCUGACGUUAACAAGAACAUGGAGGAUGUCAAAGAGCUUAAACGACUCCUCUACCUGGCUAAAAUGAAGUUUAGGAAAGAAUAUUCUGAUCCUAAUGGUAACAAACAGAAAAAUUUAAAAAUAAGAAAGAAAAUAAAGAACCCCAAGAGAUCUAAAGGAGGCUAUCUGAAGAAAAGCUCUAGAGGGAAUAUGCCUAAAAGCCGCAAAAAGAGAGUCUUUCCAGGAGACAACCUCUUUUCUUAUGAAUAUCCAAGCGACAGAGCCAAGGCAUCAACAGGGCAAAGUAAGAGAAAUAAGAGGUCAAGAGACCAAUUGGGUAUGAAGCGUUCAAUUUUCCCUGAGAAUAACUAUCCAAGCCUUGAGAAUGAUAAAAGGAGAACCUUCUUUGGAGAUAUGGGAAGUAAUGUUAAAAUAAACCCUCUAAACAGAGAAGGAUACAAAACUGAUAAUUUUAAUCCAAAUGUAAAUCUUGUCAAGAGCUCAUCUACAAAGUUUUAUUCUGAUUAUCAACAUGCCCCAAACUACAAUAUUGAUCAUACAUUUCCCAAAAGAGUGAAGACAAGGCAACAGACUAGGCACAAUGAUAGAGACAAGAACAGGAAGUUAGUCUGGUGGAAUCCUCCAGCUAAGACCAGUACCAAUACUUUUCUUCCAAUCGACUCGAACAAGGCAACUAUGAGUAUUGAGGGCAACAAGAAGAUAAUCAACCCAAAGAGUUUACAAUCGAUCAAAGGCCGUCGUAAAAGAUUAGGGACUGCCCAAGUUGGCCAGAGAAGCAACAAUCCUAUCUAUUUAAAAGGAAUGAACAUUGAGAAGAACAAGCACCACUUCUUUAGUGAGUUCCAGAAAGUCAGUGCCAGUGUUGUCAGAAAGCCCAGCGUGACAGAUUCAAGGAUGGACAAGAUAAACUUCUUGCAGAAGGUGCGCCAGCCAUACCAGAACAGAGUAUUUUAGAAGAGAUAGAGCCAUUUAGUCUAAUUUAU